UCUCAGACUCCAGAAGAUGAAGAAAGAGGAGGAAGAGGAGGAAGAAGAGGAAGAAGAGGACGGAGCAGAGUCUGUAAUAUCCAGCUGUCUGUCUAUGAAGAGUGACUGGUCUAAAGGUUAUACUCCAGACUUCAGUAAUGAACCUGGACCCUCAGACACAAAAGUGUCGUCUGCACACAGAGCAGAGUUUCCAGAGUCCAGCUGUCUGUCUAUGAAGAGUGACCGGUCUAAAGGUCGUCCUCCAAACUUCAGUAAUGAACCUGGACCCUCAGACACAAAGGAGAGGAGGGCUGUUUCUGUGGAGGAGCAGCUGUCCUGCUGUUCUUUGUGUCAGGACGUCCUGAAGGAUCCAGUCUCUACCAGCUGUGGACACUGGUUCUGCAAACAGUGCAUCACCUCAUACUGGGACCAGUCUGCUUCAUCAGGAGACUCCUCCUGUCCCCAGUGUGCAGAAAGAUCCAGAACCAGACCUGGACUGCAGACAGACAGUCAGACCAGCACUGUACAAACAGAAAGUGGUCUGCAGGAGGUUUUAGAUGAACAUCAGAUCAGCCUGAGCAGCACAUGUGAAUGUGUGACUCAAGGAACUGAUGAAGCAGGAACUAAAACCUUCCUCAUCAGCAUCUUCACUGAGGUCCACAUCACAGAGGGACAGAGUGAAGAGGUUAAUACCCAACAUGAGGUGAGGCAGCUUGAAACAGCUUCCAAGAUGAAGACCCUCCAUGACGCUCCAAUCAAGUGUCAGGACAUCUUUAAAGUCUUACCUGACCAACAGAAACACAUCAGAGUGGUUCUGAUGAACGGUGUCGCUGGCGUUGGAAAAACCUUCUCAGUGCUGAAGUUCACUCUGGACUGGGCACAGCGCUCCAAAAACCAAGAUAUCAGUCUGCUGAUUCUGUUCUCGUUCAGGUCGCUGAACUUGAUCAAAGAUGAGCAGUACAGUCUGCUCAUGCUGAUCCAUGUUUUCUAUCCAACAUUACAGAAGCUCACAGCAGAGAAGCUCACUCUCUGUAAAGUUCUGUUCAUCUUUGACGGCCUGGAUGAAAGCAGACUUUCACUGGAUUUCAACAACAGUAAGGUCGUGUCUGAUGUCACACAGAAGUCAUCAGUCAGCGUGCUGUUGACAAACCUCAUCGAGGGGAAGCUGCUUCCCUCGGCUCUCACCUGGAUAACUUCCCGACCUGCAGCAGCCAAUCAGAUCCCUCCUUCAUGUGUUAGCAGGGUAACAGAAGUACGAGGCUUCACUGACGACCAGAAGGAGGAGUACUUCAGGAGGAGAUUCAGUGAUGAAGAGCAGUCCAGCACAAUCAUCUCACACAUCAAGACAUCCAGGAGCCUCCACAUCAUGUGUCACAUCCCAGUCUUCUGCUGGAUCACUGCUACAGUUCUGGACCACAUGUUGACUACAGACCAGAGAGGAGAGCUGCCCAAGACCCUGACUGACAUGUACUCACACUUCCUGCUGGUUCAGACAAAGAUGAAGAAGAACAAGUAUGAUGAGGGACAUGAGACGAGUCAACAGGAGCUGACGGAGGCUGACAGGAACCUUCUUCUGAAGCUGGGGAGGCUGGCGUUUGAACAACUGGAGAAAGGAAACAUCAUGUUCUACCAAGAAGACCUGGAGCAGUGUGGUCUUGAUGUCACAGAGGCCUCGGUGUUAUCAGGAGUUUGUACAGAGAUCUUCAAAAGAGAGAGUGUGAGCUUCCAGAAAACAGUCUACAGCUUUGUUCAUCUGAGCGUUCAGGAGUUCCUGGCUGCAGUCUACAUGUACCACUGUUACACCAGCAGGAAGACAAAGGUACUGACGGACUUCCUGAGAGAAUCAAAACCAAAGUCUUUCCUCGAGAAAGUUUCAGCUCAUUUCAGAAACAACCCACCUGACAAUAAUCAUGACUUCACAUCUCUGGGUGACUUCCUGAAGAGAGUCAUGGAGAAAUCUCUCAGAAGUAAAAAUGGCCACCUGGACCUGUUUGUCCGCUUCCUUCAUGGCCUCUCUCUGGAGUCCAACCAGAGUCUCUUAGGAGGCCUGCUGGGUCAGACAGACAACAGUCCAGAAACCAUCCAGAGAGUCAUCAACAACCUGAAGGAGAUGAACAGUGGUGAUAUCUCUCCUGACAGAAGCAUCAACAUCUUCCACUGUCUGAUGGAGAUGAACGACCGCUCAGUACAUCAGGAGAUCCAACAGUUCCUGAAGUCAGAGAACAGAUCAGGGAAGGAACUCUCUGUGUUUGACUGCUCAGCUCUGGCCUACAUGCUGCAGAUGUCAGAGGAGGUUCUGGAUGAGUUUGACCUGAAGAAGUACAAAACAUCAGAGGAGGGACGACUGAGACUGAUCCCAGCUGUGAGGAACUGCAGAAAGGCUCGACUUUCUGACUGUGGACUCUCAGAGACUCACUGUGAAGUUUUGGCCUCAGCUCUGAAGUCCAACCCUCAUCUGACAUAUCUGGACCUGAGUGAGAACAAACUGUCUGAUUCAUCAGUGAAGCGUCUGUCUGCUGGACUGGAGAGUCCAAACUGUAGACUGAAGACUCUGCUACUUGAUGACUGUGGACUCUCAGAGACUCACUGUGAAGUUUUGGCCUCAGCUCUGAAGUCCAACCCUCAUCUAACAGAUCUGGACCUGAGAAGAAACAAACUGUCUGAUUCAUCAGUGAAGCGUCUGUCUGCUGGACUGGAGAGUCCAAACUGUAGACUGAAGACUCUGAUACUUUCUGACUGUGGACUCUCAGAGACUCACUGUGAAGUUUUGGCCUCAGCUCUGAAGUCCAACCCUCAUCUGACAGAUCUGGACCUGAGUAACAACAAACUGUCUGAUUCAUCAGUGAAGCGUCUGUCUGCUGGACUGGAGAGUCCAAACUGUAGACUGAAGACUCUGAUAUUGUGGCACUGCAGUUUGUCAAAGAUCAGCUGUGAUUAUCUGGCCUCAGCUCUGAAGUCCAACUCUUCCCAUCUGAGUUAUCUUGAUCUGACUGGAAACAACCUGAAGGAUUCAGACAUGAAGCAGCUGAUUGAUCUUCAGCAGAGUACAGAUUGCAGAUUGGAGACUCUGUUCUGUGAGAGGAGAAUGGUGACAGGCUUCAGGAUUGGACAGAGAGACAGAGAGAGAGAGAGAACAGUCAGCCAAUCAGAUGAGCCAGAAGCUUGUUGUGAUCAUGUGUUUGAGUUGAUGUGA